AUGUCUGCCCCCAACCCGUAUAUCCUCGCCUCGGACAAUUCGCCUGCCUUACUGCCCCUCCUUCGAUCCAACCCCUCGUUAGCCUCCGCCCAAGAUUCCUAUGGCUAUUCUCUCCUGCACGCUGCCUCAUCUUACGGUCACGUAGACCUGCUCCGGUCCCUGGUUCAAGAAUUCCACGUCAACAUCAACCUUACGGAUGAAGAUGGGGAAACUUGCCUUUUCGUUGCCGAAACUGUCGAAGUUGCCCGGUGCCUGGUGGAGGAGCUUGGUGUAAAUAGGGACUUGACAAACGAUGAAGGGUUGACAGCUGAAGAGGCGAUUCUCAACGAUGGCUCCUUUCCACGGGUCGCAGCAUACCUAAAAGGCGCUCUGAAAAAUACUGCCAACGGCAGCAGCUCUACACCGAGCUUGCCCCCGAAUGUCACCGUGAAUUUCGGUACAAUGACGGAGCCGCCUGUAGAUGAGGACUCGGGUGCACCGGACCCGGAAUUCAGGCGCAGAAUAGAAGAGCUUGCUUCGAGAGAAAAUUUCCACAGCGAAGAGAACCAACGAGAGCUACGACAACUUGUUGCAGAAGCCGUCAGGGGCGUCAACGUGGAAACCCAGCGAAAGGACGUCCGUCGCCGACUAGACUGA